UUCAUAUUCACAUACAAACGCAAUUGCACACGUGCACGUUAUGACUUAUUAUUCCAAUAUUAAAAUACAGCUCACGGGCACAACCGAUGACCUUUGUUAAAUAUCAAGGUGAUUGUAGUAUCAACCAAACAGAAAGCAACUUUUGUGUAAGAGCUCUAGAAUAUAGGAAAUAAUAAGGUUACGGAUUAGAAGUUAUAACAUAACUAAUGGACUUAGUAGUGCCAAAUGUCAAUAAUCUUUGCUGGAGGCUAUAGUUCCAUAGCUAGGAUAAACCCUUAUUCCUAGCCCUACCACUUUUAAAACUAACCGCCAUUUCAAUACUAACUUUUAACGCUGAAAUUCCUGUACUCUAGCUCCUAACCCUGAAAUUUCUCAACCUCAAAGCUCCGAAAUCUUGACUCAAAAAAAUUGGCCUUAAACAUUCAUUCCACAAGAGAACCAUCUCCCAAGCUCUCAAGGUACGAUAUAUUUUGAGUUCUAGGAAUAAGCUUUCCAGUCAGCUCAAUUUUGAUUAGUCGCUUAAAGACUGUAGCAUCGUUUUGCGGAUUUCGUCUAAUCUGCAGAGCAAUGUUCUAUUAGAUUGAGACGAAUCGAACAAUGCAUUCGUAGUCAGAAAUUUCAGCCACAAAUUCUGAAUAUGUAUGCCUAUAAAAGAAGACAUGCUGUAGCAGUUUGAUUCGUUCUCAUCUGAGUCUUAUAAUUAUGAUGUGUGAGACAAAAUUCGAAGCAGAUAAUUAUGUCGACAUUUUUAGAGCGUUUGGUGCAGUAUGACGAUAAUUCUUCUUUCAGUGCAUGCAUGAAAACUUACGACUAGCUGACUAUCACCUGGUAUAAUCUAAUCAUAGCUCCUAAGUAAUCAUUUAUUAUAUAAGCAGCAUACUAACUCUACAGUUAUUAUUUUUAUGAACUAAAGCUUCUCUUAUGAGGUUUUAGGAGAUAACCCACAAAAUUAUUUGACCCGAUUUUACGUUUGAUUGUUGUAUAACAAGGUGCAAACUCUUAGCAGAUGACUGUUGAUGCUCCAUUUCGUUUUUUUGCAUUGUUUGUUCAGAGAAAUAUCUUAUAAUAAUCACUAAAAAGUAGAUGUUAACGAGCAUCAAAACUUGGUAGUAACAGAUCUAUCACCAUUUUAAAUUUUGCUGUAUAAUGUUAACUGAUUUCAAAGCAUGAGUUGUCAGAACCUUCAUUCUAGGCUUUGGGCUGUCUAAUAAUUUGUUUACUGAAAGAACAGUUGGAGCCCUAAAUUAGUUUGGAGAAGCGAACCAUUGAAUCGUAAAAUUCAUGUAUCUAGGGUUCUUCAGUUAGCAUAAUAUUCUUUAUAACGGAUGGUUAUCAGCCAGUGAAUAUCAAACGAAAAUUUUGUUCUCGGAAAGUCUGCACAUUUAACCUCUUCGGUUGUCUGUUUCAUCAAACUUGAUAUGGUUUCCCUUAUUGGUGGCAUAGAAGGAGGUGCUACGAUUUCUCGAAUGGUUUUGUUGGACUCUUCAGGAAAUCAAUUAGGUUAUAGUGAAGGACCUCCAACAAAUCCAUGGUUGCUAGGUUUAGAAGAAGCUGCUCAACGUAUUUUAAAUCUCGUAAAAGAUGUACUAAUCAAUUCUAACCGACAGCCCACAGAAACACUCGCUCAUCUAGGUUUGUCGUUGAGUGGUGGGGAUACUGAAACAAACCAAACCGAACUGGUAAAUGCCAUCAAAAAACAAUGUCCAAAUGUUGCACAAGAAAUUCAUAUAUGCAAUGAUAGUAUUGGUACGUUUUUAACAGUAUGUGAUAAAGCUGCAAUUGUAUUGAUUUGUGGAACAGGGUCAAUAUGUUGUUAUGUACAGGAAAAUCUAACAUUUCAACGUAUCGGUGGUUAUGGACAUUUGCUAGGUGACUAUGGUUCAGCUUAUUGGAUUUCACAGAAAAUGAUUAAAAAACUCAUCAAAGCAGAUGAGAAAAUGGUAGAUACUACUUAUAACUUGGAUAAUAUACGUAGACUUAUUUACGCCCAUUUUAAUAUAGAAAACAAUCUAGAAUUACUUCAACAUUUCUACACUAAUUUUAAUAAAACUAAAAUUGCUGGACUAUGUGAACAUUUUUCUCAAAUUGCUCGAACUGGAGAUCAGAUGGCCAAAGAUGUGUUUUACAGUGCCGGUAUUCAGUUGGCUCGACAUGUCAGAGCUGCUUUAUAUUACUAUGCUAUGGAUUCAAUGUCUCAAAAUCCAAAUUUAAAAGUUGUUUGUUGUGGUUCAGUAUUCAAGAGUUGGGAUCUAGUCAAGGAUGGUUUUAAAGAUUUUCUGAAACCUUCUGAAGAUAAUAAAUGGACUGGUACUUUAGAUUUAAUUCAACCAAAGCAAAGCGCAGCUUAUGGUGCCGCUCGUCUUUCUGUUCACUUUGAUUCUAAAGUGACUAUCCCUAUCGAUUCAGGUGUACAUUUUGAUAAAGUUUUAUUUGGGAUAAAUUUUUAAUACCUUCGAAUGUGUGUACAUUGAAUUUUUAUAUUUCUUAAAAUUAUAAAACGGAUCGUUUUGUAAAUGACAAUAGUUUCUAUUUUCUUAUAUUUUUAAACAACUUAGUAUUUUUCUUUUAUUGUUUUAGUAACAUAUUCAAUUUUCUAUGCAUUCAUUUGUUUAAUUGAAUAGGAAAAGCUGAAAAAAAGUGAUUAAACUACC